UCGCUCUCAAACCACGUGUUCGAGACACAGCGGGACUGCACAGGAAAGGGCGGGGCAAGGCGGGGUUAGAGGGUAAAGGGUACAGCAACGAUGGCGUCGACGAAGCGCGUACUUUACAUUGGCGGCAUCGCGGAGGAGGUGGAUGAGAAGGUGCUCCACGCUGCCUUCAUUCCCUUCGGAGACAUCUCCGAUAUCCAGAUCCCUCUGGACUACGAGACCGAGAAACACCGAGGCUUUGCGUUCAUCGAGUUUGAGAUGGCAGAGGAUGCUGCAGCUGCUAUCGACAACAUGAACGAGGCUGAGCUGUUCGGACGGACGAUCCGUGUGAAUAUCGCCAAGCCCAUGAGGAUUAAGGAGGGCUCCUCCCGGGCAGUGUGGACGGAUGAUGAUUGGCUGAAGAAGUUUUCAGGGAAGACUGCGGAGGAGGGUGAGGGGGUGGAGGCGAGCGGGGACUCCGCCCAGCCCGACACGCAGGAGGGCGAGCCCCCGGCUAAGAAAGGCCGUGCAAACCCACAGGUCUACAUGGACAUCAAGAUCGGGAACAAGCCAGCUGGGCGUCUGCGAUUCCUCCUGAGAGCCGACAUCGUACCCAUGACUGCAGAGAAUUUCCGCUGCCUGUGCACCCACGAGAAGGGCUUCGGAUACAAGGGCAGCAGCUUCCACAGGAUCAUCCCCCAGUUCAUGUGCCAGGGGGGCGACUUCACCAACCACAACGGCACAGGUGGCAAGUCCAUCUACGGGAAGAAAUUCGACGACGAGAACUUCAUACUGAAGCACACCGCCCCAGCUCAGCUGUCGAUGGCGAACUCGGGUCCCAACAGCAAUGGCUCCCAGUUCUUCAUCACCUGUGACAAGACAGACUGGCUGGACGGGAAGCAUGUGGUGUUCGGAGAGCUGAUGGAGGGACUGGAGGUGCUGAGAGCCAUGGAGGCUCAGGGUUCGAAGGACGGAAAGACCAAGCAGAAGGUGAUCAUUUCAGACUGCGGGGAGUAUGUGUGAGACGCAGGGAGCGAAGUGGGCUGGACAGACAGACAACACUCCCAUUCCUUUCCAGUCUCGGACGUCUUGCUCCCAGCCCUCUGUGAGCUGAACUGCCAGCAGACCUCUGCAAGCUGCUCCCACAUGCAUGUAAGCAGCAGUGAAGCCUGUGGCAGUGGCUUCAGAACACACACUUGAAGGGUUUGUGAAGAUUUCAUGAACAAAAAAAAAAAAUGAAAUGCAUCGCUUCAGAAAUGCAGACUCGGGAGGGAGGAAAAAAAAUAGUUUUGUAAAUAUUUAUGUGAAUAAAAAUACUUUUUUUAAACAUUUUGAAA